UUCCACCAUAAACGAAGCCUCAAAUCUUUGCUUUCGCUGUGAACCAGAGCUCAAAAAACAAUGGCCACUGUUGAAGCAAUAGCAGCACUCUCCUUUUCAUGUUACCCUUCUUCUUCUUCCUCUAAAUUCCUCUUAUAUGCCAAACCCAGUAGACUCUCUUCCUUAACUUCCCACAUUCCCAAGUCUACUCCUUUACUUUCCCACAAUAUCUCCAUCUCGCCAUUAAUCAGCACCCAAAAGAAAUUGAGUUUUCAACUCUGGUCUACACUGCAAGAGGUGAGCUUAGAAGCUGAAACAGAUAAAACCCAGAAAUCAAAUGUGAAAAGGAAGCUUUUUGUGUUGAAUUUGCCUUGGUCUUAUACGGUUGCUGAUAUCAAAGACCUCUUUGGCCAAUGUGGGACUGUUAAAGAUGUUGAGAUCAUAAAGCAAAAAGAUGGGAGAAGUAGGAACUUCGCAUUUGUGACAAUGGCUUCUGGUGAAGAAGCUCAGGCUGCUAUCGAUAAACUCGAUUCUCAUGAAGUGUCGGGGAGAAUUAUUAGGGUAGAGUUUUCAAGGAGACUGAAGAAACCUUCGCCGCCUUCUUCGGAGCCAAUCGUUCCUUCCCGUGAGACACGCCAUAAGCUUUAUGUCUCUAAUCUUGCUUGGAAAGCUAGGUCUACUCACCUCAGAGAAUUUUUCUCUGCCUUUAAUCCGGUUUCAGUUAGGGUUGUUUUUUCUAACCCGUCGGGACAGUCUGCUGGGUAUGGCUUUGUUUCCUUUGCCACAAUGGAGGAAGCUGAAGCUGCUGUUUCUACUCUAGAUGGGAAGGAAUUGAUGGACCGACCAAUACGUUUAAAAUUCAGUGAAAGGAAAGAUGAUGAAUCUGGAGGUGAAAAGAAAGAGGAAAAGGAUGAGCCUGAUGAUCAAAAUGAAGAGGCUUAGAUCAUCAUUGAGUUCACUUGGACCUCAUCUUUCCAUCAUUCUGAGAUUAGUGUACAAAAAUGAGACUUUAAGCUAGAAAGUUUUGUCACAUGCUUAUACAGGUGGUCUUUAAAUGUUUACAUUUUCUUUUUGUUUGUGUCUUGAUAAGUUUUCCUGUAACUUGUUAUCUAUAUUACAUGCAUUCAAUUCAUUUGGAUGGGAAUUAUGUUAUAUCUGUGGUGAUUAUUAAAAGGAUUAAUGUAAACUUUUGGUCCUGAA